AUGGGUGCCCACUCUGCGGUCUGGCAAGCUGCUAUUGCGAGUCACGAUCUCUCCGGCGUUGAGGCCUCUUCUGCCGGUUUCACGCUCUCCCCCCAAGAGCUUAGCGGCAUUGCGGCCGUGUACCAGGACCCCACGAGCGGCUUCACCAACGGCCUGACCAUCGGCGGUGAGAAGUUCGUCGCAAUCAAAGCCGAUGACCGUAGUAUAUACGGCAAGAAGGGCAAGGAGGGUAUUGUCGUCGUCAAGGCCAAGUCCUGUGUCAUGAUCGCCCACCACGGCGAGUCCGUGCAGACCACCAACGCCGCCACCGUCGUCGAGAACCUCGUCGACUACAUCAACAAGUACAGCUAG